UGUUUCACAUUGUUACUACAGGACGACUAGAAUUAAGUCUGAGGCCGGUAACAUCAACAGUGAGGACAAACCCAGCCUGCCUCUCUCCUUCCACACUGAGUCCAAACCUACAGUCACUGGGUCCUGAUUGUGACAGUGGAGCCCAGUUUUUACAGCAGGAUCCAGAGAUGACAUCAGUGAAGCUGGAAGACUGCAGUCAAACACUGGAGCUGAAUGUCAACAUUAAAGAUGAAGAAGAGGAGGAGAAGAUUGGGAAAUCUGUUUCUCAUGGAGACCAUGUUGAGACAUUCUCUACAUCCAGAGAGCAACAGCAGGAAGAUCACAGAGCUAAGAGGUCUCACCACUGCCCACAUUGUGAGGAGAUUUUCCCAUUUCUAUCAAAGCUAAAAAUACACCUAAAAAUACACACAAUAGAGAAUCGGUAUUCCUGUACUGACAGUAGGAAGAAUUUCACAACAUCAAAGGCUCUGACAGUUCAUCAGAGAGUGCAUACAGGAGAGAAGCCGUAUUCCUGCUCUGACUGUGUAAAAUGCUUCACAACAUCAACUGAGCUAAAAGUUCACCAGAGAACACACACAGGAGAGAAGCCUUACUCCUGCUCUGAUUGUGGAAAGAGUUUCUCUCAACUAGGCACGUUAAAACACCAUGAACGUAUACACACGGGAGAGAAGCCUUACUCCUGCUCUGACUGUGGAAAGAGUUUCUCUGUACUGGAACACUUGAAAGCACAUGAACGUAUACAUACAGGUGAGAAGCCUUACUCCUGCUCUGACUGUGUUAAAUGCUUCACAACAUCAACUGGGCUAAAAGUUCAUCAGAGAACACAUACAGGAGAGAAGCCAUACUCCUGCUCUGAUUGUGUAAAAUGCUUCACAACAUCAUCUAGGCUAAAAGUUCAUCAGAGAACCCAUACAGGAGAGAAGCCUUACUUCUGCUCUGACUGUGCUGUGAGUUUCUCUCUACUGAGCCACUUAAAACGACAUACACAUAUACACACAGGAGAAAAGCCUUACUCCUGCUCUGACUGUGGAACGAGUUUCUCUCUACUGAGCCACUUAAAACGACAUACACAUAUACACACAGGAGAGAAGCCUUACUCCUGCUCUGACUGUGGAAAGAGUUUCUCUGUACUGGGUCACUUAAAAAGACACCGACAUGUUCAUACAGGAGAGAAGCCUUAUUCCUGCUCUGACUGUGUAAAAUGCUUCACAACAUCAACUGAGCUAAAAGUUCAUCAGAGAACACACACAGGAGAGAAGCCUUACUCUUGCUCUGAUUGUGAAAAAUGCUUCACAACAUCAACUGGGCUAAAAGUUCAUCAGAGAAAACACACAGGAGAGAAGCCUUACUUCUGCUCUGAUUGUGUAAAAUUCUUCACAACAUCAACUGGGCUAAAAGUUCAUCUGAGAACACACACAGGAGAGAAGCCUUACUCCUGCUCUGACUGUGGAAAGGGUCUCUCUCGAAUGGGUCAGUUAAGAAGACACCAACGUAAACAUAAAGGAAAUAGACCCCAAAACUACUAAAGUAGUUCUUUAAAGCUUUUUUUGCUUUAGUGCUUUACACCACUGUAUGCAUCCAUGCCGUGUGUCAACAUUGCAGGCUGGUGGUGUGAUGGUUGGGGUGUGUUUUCAGGGCACACAUUGGGUCCCUUGAUAAAAGAUGAACAAUGUUUGAAUACCACAGGAUAUCUAAAGAAUCAUUGCCUAUCAGGUGCCUCCCUUCAUGGCAGCAGUGUAUCCAUCUGCAAAUAGAUUUUUUCAGCAGGAUUAUGCCACAUGGCUUGUCCAUGAAUGGUUCCAAGAACAUGACAGUGAAUUCAGUUUACUGCAGUGGCCUGACGAGUCACCAGAUCUCAAUCCAAUUGUGCAUCUGUGGGAGGAGAAGGAAGGAGCUAUUCGGAGUAGAGAUCUACUCCCAGCCACAUUGACACAAUUGUGGGAAGCAUUGGAGUCAACAUGGGCCAGAAUCCCUGUGGAACGUUCUCAACACCUUGGCCAGUCUAUGUCCUGAUGCAUUGAGGCUGUUCUGAGGACAAAGGGGGUGCAACUCAAUAUUAUGAAGGUGUUCCUAAUGUUUUGUACACUCAGUGUAUGUCAGAAAAGAUGGUGUGAUGAUCAGUUUUUAGCAUUAAUUUGAGUGGAUUGUUUUAUAUUACUAAACAACUUUUGUUGAAUGAUAAACAGGCUAUGAAUCAACUACUUGUGUUUAUGAAAUUGUAUCUUAAUACUAGAUUCAUUAUUGUAGUCAUUGAUGAUGAAUGUAUUUGAAUAACUAUGUUGAAGUUAAUUGAUCUGGUGGCAGGUAGAAAUGAGUAAAAAUAACGAAAAACC